AUGACCCAAGUUAGAGAAGUAGCCGAGGACGACGACAUGACGGCCCCUCCACGACCGGAGAAGGUGCCUACCCAGCCGAGUCGGCGAAACACACACGACAAUUUGAUGGACACGACAAACAGGCUACAAAAACACCACUCAGAGAACAAUAAUCCGUUCAAGAAGGCAGCCACAUCGCAAGAUGACAUGGAUGUGCUGCGCCGUCCCAGUGACAAGGUCAGCGAGGGGACCGAGCUCCGUUUAUAUCGCCAGAUCGAGGAGCUACGUGAGCAGUUACGUGCCGAGCAGCAAAAGACAAAGGCAGCAGAACAUCAACGCACGGGCGACGAGGAGAGCAUGAAGUCCGGGUUUGAGGAGCUUGUGAACAACAACGAGCUGCUGGUCAAGACUGUUGACAAGUUGGAGAAAGAGUCAAAACGACUCAAGGAAGAGCUUGAGGAUGCCCGGACACAUAUCUUUGCCCUCCAGCCAUAUCGCAAGGAUCUGACCCCAGAGGAGGUCGGGCGUGACUAUGACGAUCUCGUCAACAGCGUUUCCGAUUGGGUCGACAAGCUCAUGUCGCCUGCCCUUGACGACGAAGACGCUCCAGCCGAGCUUACACGGAUUGCGCGAAAGAGCCCCGGCGAGAUCUCAUGGCUUAAGAGAAACAUGCAGAAGCACGGCGAUUUGGUGCAAGGUUCUAUGUUUGCGGAGACGGAUAUUGACAUUGGCAUUGCCAUCAUCAUGAGAUAUCUCUACGACAACAUCUUCCAGAAGAUCCUGUACGAUACAGUUUCGAGCCAGGUGAAUGUGCUUACAUUUGUCGAGGGAUCGAUGCAGACGAACGUCGAGCCGAAACGAGACCUUUUCGCCAUCCGCACCUGGUCCGCCGAGGCUUACAAUGCCAUCCUCUGCUCGCCACAGUUCAGACAAGAACGGGAGAGGCGUAUGAGGAACCUCACCUUGGAGCUUGCAGGAGGCUUUCGGGUCUUCCAUAGGGAUGAUGACUGGAACAGCUUCUGCGUCAACUUUCAGGAUAGCUGCAUUAAGCCAGCCAUGAAGCUGUAUGAGAAGUUGUUGGUCUCCACACACCAUUUCUAUCUCGAUAUCAACCCAUACAUUAUAUUGAGCAACGGGCAAUUGGAGCAGUCCAUCCAGUUCCUCGACGAAUUGCCCAAUCUCGCUUGCGAGAACAUCCUGCAGGCCCGCAAGAAGUUCAACCUGGCGAAGCUGGAUCCAAAGCCGACGAAGAAGGAUCUGUAUGAGAAUCUUACCAAUGUGGUCACAACCGUCCCGGCUCUGUAUAUGAGGCAGGUCGGCAGAGGAGACACCAUCAGGGAACCGACCAUUGUUCGCAAACAGCAGAUGCUGGUGGCAUGGGGCCCGCCGGAGAAGAAGGAGAAGUUCAUGCACAACGACGAGGGCUUGAUGAACAUCAUCUUGUUCACAAGGACCAAGGACAGGGAGAAGGAGAGGGGCGUAGAAGCAUCAGUUUGGCAAGCCCCGUGGAAGUUAGGAUAG